UUGUCAUUAUUAUCUUUUUUCGAGAUCGAAGCUCAAAUUUGAAUUCGGAGAAGCUAGAGAGUUUUCUGAGAUGGCUCGUACUAAGCAAACAGCUCGUAAAUCUACUGGAGGAAAGGCUCCUAGGAAGCAGCUUGCUACAAAGGCUGCACGUAAGUCUGCACCAACCACUGGAGGAGUCAAGAAGCCCCAUCGUUACAGACCUGGAACUGUUGCACUUCGUGAAAUCCGUAAGUACCAGAAGAGUACUGAGUUGCUUAUCAGGAAGCUCCCAUUCCAGAGGCUUGUUCGUGAGAUAGCCCAGGAUUUCAAGACUGACCUGCGUUUCCAGAGCCAUGCGGUGCUUGCACUCCAGGAGGCUGCUGAAGCGUACCUUGUGGGUCUCUUUGAGGACACUAACCUUUGUGCCAUUCAUGCCAAGCGUGUCACCAUAAUGCCGAAAGACAUUCAACUCGCUCGCAGGAUCAGAGGAGAACGUGCUUAAGUGUGAUGGGGAAGCUGGUUGUUGGAUUAUGUGAAUGUGGUUUUUUUUCUAAAUAGAUAGUUGGGAUUAGAUAAUGGCUUAAAAAGCUUUUGGUUGUAGGAGACUUGAAAACAAUGGUGGUUGGUUUUUUUCUCUAUUUCUUGUCUAGUCGGUUUAUGAUUUGUGUGUGUUCUUCUUAGCUACGUUUUGCGGUGUGUAUUGCUUUCUUGUUUGGCAAUAUCAAACACCUUUUGUUGUUGAAUUUCAUCUCUGAAACAUAUUAGUAUGUCAAAGUUUCUGACUUUUGUUUCAUCUGAUUCUGUUCAAUUUAAUAUGUUUGAUUUUGUUGUUAAAAAUUAAGCUUUGCGUUUCUG